AUGUUUUAUAAUGGCGGAAAAAGUGAAUCGAAAGCAGUUAUGGAUCCAGAAACUGCUCAAGCACUCUUUGACAAGGGAGCAUUUCUAGUAUUCUUGAACGCUCCAGAAGAAAUGGAGUUCGGGAUCGAUUGCAAUUCAUGGCGGACUGGACCCAAGUUUAUGGGAGUCAAGUUGAUACCUCCGGGAUUACAUUACGUGCACUACAGUGCCUCGGCAAAUUCGGGUGCUGGUUUGCGCAACGGGUUUUUCAAGUUUUAUGAAGAAAGAGAGAUUGUAAUAAAAGAAUGGGACUCGACUAGAGAAGAUGUCAAGAAUGAUUUUGAAAUUGAAGAAGAUCAAAGAGAACGAAUUAGUUCAGACAUGCGUCGACUAGACCCAUACCUCGGAGCGUACCCUUUGUCUCCACCAACUACGUGGCGGAAAUGGGUUCAUCUCACCGACUUUAUCAGCCGUCCCCUCAUCUCUCGGGUGCUUCCACAUCAAGGCAAGAUAAGUAAUAUAUCGGAUUCUAGUAUCGACGAAGAGGAGAUUGCACACCUGGGUAAACACGAAAAGACUGUAGAGUCGGAAGGAGAAGCGAUCGCAGAAGACUCUGGGGCAAUGCAGAGUACGCAGAACGACGUUACCAAGAUGCCAACAAACGAUACACAAGAAACUAGGAUAGAAUUCACCAAAUUUGAUCUUAAAAAAAGUUGGAGACAAGGUGCAACCGGUCCGGAAGUUACAAGAUAUGCGCAGGAUAAAAGCUGGUUAUUACGUGAUUUAUUGGAAAGGGUGUAUAACCAAGAUCCAAAAGAGUUACUUGGUGAAUUGCAGUUGGCUUUUGUAUGUUUAUUGAUAGCCGGAAAUUUUGCUGGAUUGACGCAAUGGAGGUCGUUGAUCCAGCUGGUAUGUUCGUGUCAGGAAGCGCUGGAACAGUGUACAGAUACUCUUUUUACACGGUUUUUAGAUGUCUUGUCAUAUCAGUUGGAAGAAUGUCAGAUGGAUUUCUUUUACGAGAUCGAAAUGGACAAAAGUUUUCUCCUGCAUGCGCUAAAGGCAUUAUCACGAAACAUUGAUUUGGUCUAUUCGACUUCUGCAACCCCGCAAAAAUUGCACACGCUGAAACGACGGUUCGAAAGCUUCCGUGCAUUCCUUGACAAGAAAUUCAACUGGACUUGGGUCAGGGAAAGUCAAGACGAAGAUGAAGACGAAGGAGAAUAUGCGCCAGUGGUCGUCGAGUUGGACGAGGAUUACGACUUUAAUGUGCAAGAAGAAACAUAG